AAACCAGCAGCAGCGCACCCCGGUUCUCUUUCUCUUCCAUACCCUCUCCUCCCAUCCUCCGCGAUUACCGUAGCCUUAUAUACUGGACACCCUUCCCUCUCCUUCUUCGGCAUCAGAUUGAGACACUCACGAUCUACUUCCACCGAGAUCUUCUUUGCCACUCAUCAGUUCUUUCAUAGGCUAAAGAUAUGGCUUCUGCAAGCAGGGCUUGUUUGGUUGUCGCGGCUAGCAUGAGCGCAGUGGAAGCGCUCAAGGACCAAGCGGGGCUAUGCCGGUGGAACUACGUCCUCAGAUCUCUGCAGCAGCGGACGAAGAACAACACCGUAGGCUCCUUGUCUCAGGCCAAGAGGACAUCUUCCUCCAUCGACACGAGGAGAGAGUGGCAGGCGGCGGAUGCGAAGGCCAAGCAAGCAGAGGAGGCACUGAGGACGGUAGUGUACUUGAGCUGUUGGGGUCCCAAUUAGAGAGAGGUCUCUUUGUGUUUGGUUCAAAGAUGAACCAAAUCCUUCUUCUCUGUUCAGCCUACGUCUCCUAUGUAAAAACAAUCCGAUUUUUUCAGUAAUAUAUACUGAAUUGUUCGAACA